AUGGCAAUUCUGUCCAAAGCAGCGCAUUGCAGUCUCUCCCCGGCUGCUUCAAGCUCACCAUCGCUCUUGUAUCCUUGGUUCAAGAUGCAGCUCACAUCAUGGGUCAUUGCCACUGGCCUACUCGCUUUUACUGAGCGGGUGGCGGCUAUGCUCCCGGCAUUUGAUGCGCCCCCUGACUUCGGAUGUCCCAACGACCCCUGCAGCUCUGGUACGGUAUGCCGCGUCCAAAUCACCAGCGGCAAGACGCCCCCAAUCAUGGUUUGCGUGCCGGACGGGUCCCCUAAUGGAACAUUUCCCGAUGGAACGACAUCUCUCCCGGUUAACUCCACCACCGUCUCCCCAUCUUCAUCCGCAAGCUCAUCCACUGAGAGUAUAUCAACUGAGAGCUCAUCUGCUGGGAGUACAUCAUCCGCGAGCCCAUCUUCUGAUAGUACAUCAACCGAGAGCUCUGGGGCGCCCUCUUCAACGGAGGAAUCCUCCUCCAGCAAACCUUCCGGCGCUAACAAGGCAUUUCCUUCCUCCAAGACCCCUCUGCCCGAAGCAACUCCUGACGAAAUCGAGGAAGCUGCCUCGACUUCUGCUAGUUCGUCCGGAAAAAGCUCGACCAAGCCAAGCUCGACUGAGGAAGCGUCUAGCACCGAAGCUUCGAGCACAGAGGCCUCGAGCACCGAACCCUCAAGCACCAAGGCAUCUAGCACGGAGACGUCUACCACGGAAGCCGCCAGUACUGAGACCUCCAGCACGGAAACCUCCAGCACGGAAACCACCAGUGAUGAGACCUCCAGCGAUGAAAGCUCCACGGUGACGAGCUCUUCAUCCACUAGCUCAACGGCGAGACCAAGUGCCACCAGAAAGUGA